AUGAAGAAAAAGCGUAUGAUCAGUUUGGAAAGUAUGAUGCAUACGAGCUUCGUCAACUACCACAACGCCAAGCUAUUUUAUUACAGUCUGAAAUACAAAAUUAUAACUCGGAUCAGAUUAUCUUUUACUUUGGAGCCUCUACCUUAUCAAUACCAUCAACAACCAUACAUGGAACAACUUCAUGUAAAUGUCGCAUCACCUUCUCCCUCAUCAAGUUCAAUAAGUAAUUAUACAUCUACUCCGCUUGCGAACGAGGAAUACGAUAUGUUAAGCCAAGCUAUCAUCAAUUCUUUUUCAGAUAAUGACCAAUAA